CUCCAACAACAUCCAUAAGACAACAGACACAUAUAGAAUUUACCAGCCAUGGCGUAUCCAAAGAUAUUUACCUCAUUUUUUGUACUAAUUUUGAUUGUGCACAUCAAAUGUUACACUGCUGAGAUGAAAAGAAACCAAGUGAUUUCAGAAUUGAUAAAAAACCAUGACAGAUUUGUUUCACCUGACUAUGAAGAAGAUUUUCCAACGGUAGUGAGUGUCCAGCUGUAUGUAAGCAGUGUAGACACAGUAUCAGAGCAAAAUAUGGAAUAUAGCGUGACUAUUCUACUGAGACAGUUAUGGCAUGACCCACGGCUCAACUACACCAGAAUGUCUUCUCUAUCACGACUCGAGAUGGACAGCAGCCGAAUAAACAACUUUUGGGUCCCAGACCUUUUCUUCAGUAACGAGAAAAAGGGUAGCUUCCAUGACGUCACCAAACCUAACCGAAUGCUUCUCAUCUAUCGAAACGGCACCGUUUUUUACAGCAUCCGGUUGUCUCUAACGUUGAGUUGUUAUAUGAGACUCGAACGAUAUCCGAUGGACGAUCAGAUUUGUUCCAUGGUUAUGGAAAGUUACAGCUACAGUGCAGAAAAUGUCUUCUUCAAAUGGAUAGAAACACAGAAACCAGUCGUUGUGGAUAGAAGCAUUGAGAUGCCACAGUACACUUUGAAAAAAUAUCAUGCAACAGUUUGUAAAAAGGAUUAUGGCGAGGGUGAGCAUAUAUAUUCCUUUAAUGCAGAUUCUUAUAUAUCCACGUAUAUA